AUGGAUGGGAAAAGUUCUAGUCAAAAGCAAGUGUCUUUAAAGCGUUCUGGCGUUGAAGUACCCCGGUUAAGUGAAUUAGCCGCCGAGUGGCAAACUAAGAAAUAUGGGGAACAGAUUCAGGAUCAGGUUCUUAAGGAUAAGAUACUGAUCAGAAUCAAGGAGGCCACUGCUUUGAUCAAAGAUUCCGCUUCAAAACAGGAAGGGGUGGGCGGCGACCAUGUGUAUAGGAUGGAAUGGGACCAGUUAUACGAUAUUUCCGCGAAUGUCAUGGAUGAGUACACUAAAAACGUGGAUACAAUCCUCACUCAACUCGAUCAGCUUUACCGAGUAUGUAUCAAACAUUUACUAGAGACUCAGCAUUACGUUUUACUAACUUUACAAGAAAUUAUACUUGUGGCAAGAUCGGUGUUCCUGAAGGACUCCCAGACAGGAGCCACUGUCGUUGGACGAGCGGAAGAAUGGAUGAAACUGAAAGAACAUCAGCUUGACCGCAAAGGUGCGGAACUUGAUCGGUCUGCAAGUGCCAUCAAAUGCGCCAUCGAGCGCUUGACAGCUAAAGACUAG